AUGGAAAACACCAAUAACAUCACUGAAUUUAUACUGUUAGGACUUUCCCAGAACAAGAAAAUUAAAAUUCUUUGUUUUCUGCUGUUCUUGUUUUGCUACAUAGCUAUUUUGGGGGGAAACAUAUUCAUAAUGAUUUCUAUCACACUCAGCCGGCUAAAUGAACAACCAAUGUAUUUCUUCCUUAAUUACCUUGCUUUGUCAGACCUGUGCUAUACCUCCACAGUGACUCCCAAGCUUCUCACUGGUCUUCUCAUAGAACGGAACAUGAUUUCUUAUACCAGCUGCAUGGCUCAACUUUUUACCAUGCACUUCUUUGGAGGAAUUGAGAUCCUCAUCCUCACAGUGAUGGCCUAUGAUCGCUAUGUGGCCAUCUGCAAGCCCCUGCACUACACCGUCAUCAUGAGCAGGGCGAGAUGCCAUGCCAUGGUCGCGGCUUGUUGUGCUGGUGCUUUUAUACAUUCUUUCUUCCAGAGCCUCCUGGCUAUCAGCCUUCCUUUCUGUGGCCCCAAUGAGAUGGAUCACUAUUUCUGUGAUAUUUAUCCUUUGCUGUCACUUGCCUGCAUCAGGACGUACAGAGUCGGACUUGUGGUGGUUGCCAAUUCAGGCAUGAUGGGACUGGUGACCUUUGUAGUCCUGAUAUGGUCUUACUCUUUCAUAUUAUACACCCUCAGGGCUUACCCAGCAGAGAGCCGCAGCAAAGCUCUUUCUACAUGCAGUUCCCAUGUCACUGUCGUCAUUUUGUUCUUUGUGCCUGUGCUUUUCAUAUACAUUAGACCAGCUGUCUCUUAUCCAGAAGAUAAAGUGUUUGCUCUUUUCUACACCAUCAUAGCUCCCAUGUUCAACCCUCUGAUCUACACGCUGAGAAACAUGGAGAUGAAGAAUGCCCUCAGGAAAGUUUGGUGUCAGAAACCUUUGUAUUGGAAAGAUAAUCAUGACAUUCACUGCUAA